UUUUAAUAUUGAAUAUUCAAACAUAUUUAAGAUAUUUCUGGAUGUUCUUUAAAGAUGGAUGUAACUGUUUAAUUUGGUUCAGUGUUGUUUUGAUUGACAUUGUUUGUGGCGGCGAGACACGCACUGAGACGCUUCCUGUCUCCUCCUCGCAGGUGUCGUUUGCGCGGCCGAGUUCAGACAUGAUCAAAGAUGCAAACUUGUACAUCAGCGGGCUGUCGAGGACUCUGAGUCAGCAGGACCUGGAGGACAUGUUCAGCCGGUUUGGGCACAUCAUCAACUCCAGAGUGCUGGUGGACCAGGCCUCCGGUCUGUCACGGGGCGUGGCCUUCAUCCGGUUCGAUAAGAGGUCCGAGGCCGAGGACGCCGUGAAACACCUGAACGGGCACGCACCUCCGGGCAGCUCUGAGCCAAUCACGGUCAAGUUCGCCGCCAACCCCAAUCAGGCCAGGAACUCUCAGAUGAUGUCGCAGAUGUACCACGGCCAGUCACGACGCUUUGGAGGACCCGUCCAUCACCAGGCCCAGAGGUUCAGGUUUUCGCCGAUGAGCGUGGAUCACAUGGGCGGAGGGGGUGGAGUCACAAACUCCUCGGCCGGUUGGUGCAUCUUCAUCUACAAUCUGGGUCAGGACGCCGACGAGGCCAUCUUGUGGCAGAUGUUCGGGCCAUUUGGCGCCGUUGUCAACGUGAAGGUGAUCCGAGAUUUCAACACCAACAAGUGCAAAGGCUUCGGCUUCGUGACCAUGACCAACUACGAGGAGGCAGCCAUGGCGAUCCACAGCCUGAACGGGUACCGGCUGGGAGACAAAGUUCUCCAGGUGUCCUUCAAGACCAGCAAGGGACACAAGUAGAGCGAGGACGAAUUAGACGAGGAGACGAAAAAGUUUUUGUUCUUUGAGCAGUUCAGUGUCGAUGUGAAACACUUUUUCUCCCAGCAUGCCCCGUUUCUUUCAGGCCGUAUGCCAUCACCUGUUGCCGUAAAAAGUGCGACCGUCUGAAUUUUGUACAAAAUUGAUCCAAGAUGGCGGACAGAGAGAGAAGGUAAAAAAUGUCACCGUGAUGUUGGCGCUCAGUUUGUUUUUCACUGUUGGAGUAAGAAUCAGCUGUUUUUGUUGUUUUUAAUGUCCGUCCUGAGUUUGUCCUCUGGCCUGCAGACAGAACAGUAACAGCUGGUAACCAUCAAAACAUGUUUGAUAUGUGCUAAUUAAUAAUAAUUAAUUUGUCUAUUAGACUGAAAUGAUUCAAAAACACAAUGUUGUUGAUAUCGAAGAAUCUUGUUUUUGUUUGAAUAUUUCGUCAGAGGUGUGACGGACUUAGAAAUAGUUUGCAGGUAAAAGUCAGGCAGCGCACUGAAACUGAGCUGUUGUCACGUGUAGUGAUCCUCUUUGCUGUUUUUAUUUGUAUUCGAGUUUUUAUUUGCAGCUUCUUUGUGAUGUUGGACUUCAAUAAUAAAUCUGCUUAUGUGGAACAUU